UUCCUUACCUUGUUUUAUGCUUUUGUUAUAUUUUCUCUCUGGAGGUCUCUCCUCAGGUGAAAAGACGAAUAAGGAAAGAGGGAGGGUUUGGGGUUUUGGGGGUUCCUCAUUAUAACUUCCCACAAAAAUCCCACCCUCAGCUGUUCAAUUUUGGCUCUUUGUCUUGUUUCCAUUUCUGAGGAGGAGAAAAAAAUGGUGAGGGGAAAAACUGAGAUGAGGAGGAUAGAGAACGCGACGAGCAGGCAAGUGACGUUCUCGAAGAGGAGGAGCGGGCUCUUGAAGAAGGCGUUCGAGCUCUCCGUUCUCUGCGAUGCCGAGGUCGGACUAAUCGUCUUCUCGCCUCGAGGAAAGCUCUACGAGUUCUCCAGCGCCAGCAUGCAAAAGACAAUUGAACGUUACAAGCUGCAUGUUGAAGACAAUAGCAACAACACCGCAGCCGCAGAACAUGACAUUCAGCAAAGGAAGCAAGAAGCUACUAGCAUGGCAAAGAAGAUUGAACUUCUUGAGUCUUCAAAAAGGAAGCUCAUGGGGGAAAACCUGCCAUCAUGUUCAAUUGAGGAACUACAUGAGUUAGAGAAUCAGCUAGAGAGAAGUAUUAGGAACAUCAGAGGAAGGAAGAAUUACCUGCUAGAGGAGCAUAUUUCGAAACUUAAAGAACAGGAAAGAAUUUUAUUAGAGGAGAACGCUGCAUUGCGCCAACAGCUGGGAGAGCCUCUUUUAAAUGCAUCUGCUUCGAAGGAAGCAGGUUCUAGUGACGACACUAACGAGCACACGGACGUUGAGACGGAUUUGUACAUUGGCUGGCCUGAUAGAGUAACUUCAAAGUGCAUGUUGCAAAGCUGAGCUGCAGCAUUCUGAUCACAGGAAACUGUGUUUAUGUAUUCAUAUAGAACAUAUAUACGCGCUGCUAUAGAAUAAAUAAGUGAUGAAAUGAUUUUUUUUUUAAAAUUAUUGUCACUGCUUGUUGUAACUUCCCGAUUAAAGCGGAGGGGCAAAUAAUAGAUUUAAUUAGUGCAAAUUGUAUAUUAUGUGACAAUUGUCCAUGUUCAUAAUUAUCAGAAUAAAAAUAAUUUA